AUGCAAGACCGAUGGGACAGUCCAGAGCUGAAGAAAGAAGCUGAAGAAGAAAGUAGUGAAGUGGAUAAUUUCCCAACAACACCUCAUCGUGUUGUGGAUAUAACUGAAAAUCCAAAAUGUGGUAACACUGACCAGUCCGGGCCCCUUCCCUUGCGGCCUGGGCUGGGAAGGGGUGGGCCUGGGAGGCCGCUGGGCCCCAUUUUUCAACCAUGGGCCCCGUUUUCAACCAGGGGCCCCGAUGGCCAGGGGGAGGAGAGGCCCUUCGCUAAUAUCCUAGCACCCCCACCCCCGGGUGGAGAGAGGACGGGCGCCGGCAGGAAGCCCUCACCCAGCGCCCCAGUGCUGCCCAAGUGUCCUGAGAUCCAGGCACCACUCCAGCAUGGCCAGCCGCAGCCCCCUACAUCUUCUAUGUGA